GGGACAGCGCUCCGGGCGCGCGAGGCGCAGAAGGGCGGCCGGGCCGGGACAGCUCAGCUGGCCUCAGCUCCCCAGACCCGGGACGGGGCGCCUCCAGCCCGGCCCGGCUAAGACCUCCGGGCACUCAGAGGAGGAAAGGGAAGGUCCGGGCCCUGCUCGUUCGGGACGCCCGGGGUCGGCCCACACCUCGCACAGCCGCACAGCGCCCUCUGUGUCCAGCCGCCGGGGUGAAGAAACUGGGUGGUCUGCAUCAAGGUUUAGUUCUAUAUUAGCUGUGUGACCUUAGAUGGCAGGAUUUCUAUAGUAUAUCUAGUAUGAGUUCCACAUCUUGGCCUCUUAUCCAGCUUCAGCAGUCUCACCUCCAUCAGAUGGAGAAUAAAUGAGAUUUGCAUGAAUUCCAAACUCUGAGCUGACAUACGGAUUGCGGUGCUAAUAUCCUUUUCUUCUGGUUAUUAUUAACAGAAAAUUAAAUGUCGUCAGAGGACCGAGAAGCUCAGGAGGAUGAAUUGCUGGCCCUGGCAAGUAUUUAUGAUGGAGACGAAUUUAGAAAAGCAGAGUCUGUCCAAGGUGGAGAAACCAGGAUCUAUUUGGACUUACCACAAAAUUUCAAGAUAUUUGUGAGCGGCAAUUCCAAUGAGUGUCUCCAGAAUAGUGGCUUUGAAUACACCAUUUGCUUUCUGCCUCCACUUGUGCUGAACUUUGAACUGCCACCAGAUUAUCCAUCCUCCUCCCCACCUUCGUUCACACUUAGUGGCAAAUGGCUGUCACCAACUCAGCUGUCUGCUCUCUGCAAGCACUUAGACAACCUGUGGGAAGAACACCGUGGCAGUGUGGUACUAUUUGCCUGGAUGCAGUUUCUUAAGGAAGAGACCUUAGCGUACUUGAAUAUUGUCUCUCCUUUGGAACUCAAGAUGGGUUCUCAGAAAAAAGUACAGAGAAGGAUGGCUCAGGCCUCUCCCAACACAGAACUAGAUUUUGGAGGAGCUGCCGGAUCUGAUGCAGACCAAGAGGAAGUUGUGGACGAGAGAGCUGUGCAGGAUGUGGAGUCGUUGUCGAGUCUGAUCCAGGAGAUCUUGGACUUUGAUCAAGCUCAGCAGAUAAAAUGCUUUAAUAGUAAAUUGUUCCUGUGCAAUAUCUGUUUCUGUGAGAAGCUAGGUAGUGAAUGCAUGUACUUCUUGGAGUGCAGGCACGUGUACUGCAAAGCCUGUCUCAAGGACUACUUUGAAAUCCAGAUCAGAGAUGGCCAAGUUCAAUGCCUCAACUGCCCAGAACCCAAGUGCCCUUCAGUGGCCACUCCUGGUCAGGUCAAAGAGCUAGUGGAAGCAGAAUUAUUUGCCCGUUACGACCGCCUUCUCCUCCAGUCCACCUUGGACCUGAUGGCAGAUGUGGUUUACUGCCCGCGCCCAUGCUGCCAGUUGCCUGUGAUGCAGGAGCCUGGCUGCACAAUGGGCAUCUGCUCCAGCUGCAAUUUUGCCUUCUGUACUUUGUGCAGAUUGACCUACCAUGGGGUGUCUCCAUGUAAGGUGACUGCAGAGAAAUUAAUAGACUUACGAAAUGAGUACCUGCAAGCAGAUGAGGCCAAUAAAAGAUUUUUGGAACAGAGAUAUGGUAAGAGGGUGAUUCAGAAGGCACUGGAAGAGAUGGAAAGUAAGGAGUGGCUAGAAAAGAACUCGAAGAGCUGCCCGUGCUGUGGGACUCCUAUCGAGAAAUUAGACGGAUGUAACAAGAUGACAUGUACUGGCUGUAUGCAGUAUUUCUGCUGGAUUUGCAUGGGUUCGCUCUCUAGAGCAAACCCUUAUAAACAUUUCACUGAUCCUGCUUCCCCAUGUUUUAACCGGUUGUUCCAUGCUGUGGAUGUUAAUGGAGAUAUUUGGGAAGAUGAGGUUGAAGACUAGUUAACUCCUGCUGCUCAAGAUACGGACGUGGAAUGGUUUGCCCUAAUCUUUUGUCAAGUACACAAAGUAACUUUGCAGGAUAUUUAGGGUACCAUUCAUUCACUCUUCCUAUGCAGAAGAUAUGGAAGAACAAAGUUUAUAUUUUCAUGUGGUACUACUGAUUAAGGCACAUUCGUACAUUUUUCAUUGUAACAUAAUUGAGGAAAUAUUAAGCCAAAGGUUCAGAAAAUGGAAACUAGAAAAUAUUAAAUAUUAUAAUGUGCUGAAGCUUUGAAUAGUUAAAAAGUAAAUAUUUAUUUUCUUCCCCAAGCUUUAGGUAAGGAGAGAGGGGUCAAGAGUUAAACUUACAGACCUUUUUAUUCUGAGAAGCAUCCUGCUAAGACAUCUAAGGGAGCUCCCUCAGUAUACUCCUGAUAGCUGGGGUGGGUAGGCGCCUUAUUAAACUGUCCUGAGAGCCUGAUCCCAUUUACUCCAUGUUACAUUCCUUCCAACCUGAAUUUCUGCUACAUUAGUUUUCUUUGGAGGAAGCUCUUUGCUCUCUAUAACUGAUUGGAUGACCCACUGUCAUUUUGAUCUACUGCUUUUCAGAAUAGAAAUUUAUAGAUAAUUAUUAAACUAUUUUUAAUACCAUAAGCAGUAUGGGUCACAAGAUAUAUUUCUUCGUGGCAUAUAGUCCACUGGUUUUGAGCCAAGUCUAUAGUUUAUUGGUACUGGCUCAGAGGAAUUUCAGCCGUAUUCAGCUUUCCUCUGUCUUCUAGGCAGUAGAGCCUAGAUUCAAAACAACUUGUCUUUGCUACCUUUUGUUCUCCUUUCUCUCCAUUGACGCUCACCCUACCUUUCAUUGGUAGGGACAGUUUUACUAUUAGCUCCAGCAGCUAAUAUUUUUAUUUCCUCUGCUGAGAUAGGAGAAAGCCUAAUAUAUUCCCAAGCUAAACCAGCUGAACUUUCAUUAUCUUUGCUUUUUGAACACUACACUACCAUAGUUCCCGUCCUAACUUUCUGAAUUCUUUUUAAAGCUCUUCUCUAAUGAGCUAUGGAAAUUUGUCUUCCUAUCCAUUUUUUUUUUUGCAACAGCACUGUUUGGGGGGAUAAUUUUGGCUUGAUACCUAGAUCCCUGUUUCUGGGUUUUGUUGGCUUUUAAAAAAAUUGUCUUUCCUUAUGGUUUGGUGAGUGGCUUGGUAGCAAAAUAAGAUUUUGGGGGAAAAAGGACAGAGGAAUUCAGUUGCAGGUGUGAACAUGUUCUUUUUUCCUACCUUGUCAUUGAAAAUUGGGAAAUCACUUAUAACCAUUUUAUGUGUGUGUAUCCAAAGAGCACGGACUGUUUCUGGAUUGUUAAUGAGGAUGCUUAAUCUUAAAAAUAAAAAUUAUUUAAAAAUUGUCUUAUAAUGAGA